CCUCCCUGGCCAGCAGAGCUGAGAGCCGGCGACCAUGCACCGCGUCCGGCGGGCCCUGCUGCUGCGGCUGCCGCUCGCCCUGCUGGUGGCCGCGGGGGCCGGGGCGCGAGUGAGCGCGCCGCGGAGCCUGGCGUGGGGCCCGGGGCUGCAGGCCGCCGCCGUCCUGCCCGUGCGCUACUUCUUCCUGCAGUCGGUGGACUCGGACGGCCGGAACCUCACCAGCUCGCCGCCAGGUCACACACAGUUCAAAGUAGCAGUAAAAUCCCUUUCACCUAGAGAGUCAGCCCGUAUUUAUGUCCCUAAACCUUUGGACAGAAACGAUGGAACAUUUUUGGUGAGGUACAGGAUGCACGAGACGGUCCAUGAAGGCCUCAGGAUAGAGAUCCUUUAUGGUGGCGAGCAUGUGGCUCAGUCUCCCUACACCCUGAAAGGACCCGUGUACCACGAGUACUGUGACUGUCCAGAAGAGGACCCUCACGUCUGGCAGAAAACUCUGUCCUGUCCAGCCAAGGAACCACAGAUCGAGCAGGAUUUUUCUUCCUUUCCCAGCAUCAAUCUCCAGCAGAUGCUGAAGGAAGUCCCCAAAAGAUUUGGGGACGAGCGGGGUGCUGUUGUUCAUUACACAGUUCUCAAUAACCACAUCUACCGGAGGUCUUUGGGGAAAUACACAGACUUCAAAAUGUUCUCUGAUGAAAUUUUGCUGUCGCUGGCAAGGAAGGUCGCCCUCCCAGAUUUAGAAUUUUAUAUUAACCUGGGAGAUUGGCCCUUGGAGCAUCGGAGGGUCAAUGACACCCCCAGCCCUAUACCUAUAAUUUCGUGGUGUGGCUCCUUGGAUUCAAGGGACAUUAUCCUGCCCACGUAUGAUGUCACCCACUCCACACUUGAAGCAAUGAGGGGUGUCACAAAUGAUCUCCUCUCUGUUCAGGGAAAUACAGGGCCUUCCUGGAUCAAUAAAACAGAGAAAGCUUUCUUCCGAGGUAGAGAUAGCCGGGAAGAGAGGCUGCAGUUGGUACAGCUGUCCAAAGAAAAUCCACAGCUGCUAGAUGCAGGAAUUACAGGAUAUUUCUUUUUCCAAGAGAAAGAAAAAGAGCUUGGAAAAGCCAAAUUGAUGGGUUUCUUUGAUUUCUUUAAGUACAAGUACCAGGUGAAUGUGGAUGGGACUGUGGCCGCAUACAGGUACCCAUACCUCAUGCUUGGGGACAGCCUGGUUCUGAAGCAGGAGUCUCCAUACUAUGAACACUUCUACGGGGCUCUAAAGCCUUGGAAACACUACAUUCCCAUUAAAAGAAACCUCAGUGAUUUACUAGAGAAGGUGAAAUGGGCCAAGGAAAACGAUGAAGAGGCGAAGAAGAUCGCGAAAGAAGGGCAGUUAGCUGCUAGGGACCUGCUCCAGCCGCCCAGGCUUUACUGCUACUAUUAUAGAGUACUACAGAAAUAUGCUGAGCGCCAGGCCAGCAAGCCCACGGUCCGUGAUGGAAUGGAACCUGUUCCCCAGCCAGAUGACAGCGGGUCCAUUUGCCGGUGCCACAGGAAGCUUCUUGAGAGGGAAGAGCUUUAAGGCGAGCCAGGUUCGCACACCUUCGUAUGCCGGCUGCAUCUUUAAGACUUGUGAAAGAUGCUAAGACGUGACGAGAAACCAGGCCUGGUGGAUUAGGCUCACAUCUGUAAGCCUCACAUCUGGAGGCAGAGGCGAGAGAAUUCCACUAGUGCAAAGCCCACCUGAGCUACAGAUGAUUUCCAGGCCAGCCCAGACUACCCGGUUGGAUCUUAUCAAAAAGCCGGAAUGAAGAAUAAAUGUAGAGAAAUGCUAAGCAUGUAAUCCCACACUCGGGAGCCUGAGUUGAGAUGAUCAUGAGUUUCAGUAUUACCAAAUACCUUUGGAUAUUCAUUUAUUUUGAGUGAAAACUGCUUAUUUGAGUACCAUAGUGGAUAAAAAAGGCUUCUGAAUCAACUGGGAAUCUGUGAAUGCCACAGGCCCUGGUUUGUUUCUGUAUCAAAGAUUUAAAACAUAACUUUCACUGACUUUUACACUCAGUUAUGGAGAGAAAAGUGUUUGGGGAGGGUUUUGUUUUCUCCUCACUCUGUAGUUUCUCCUCUUGCAAGCUGCUCCGGAAGCUUGGCGGUGGCAGCCUCCUUUUGGAAGAUCUCAUGAGGCUGGCUAAGGAACAAGUUGCCACUAUUUAAAGUAGCAUGGAGUCUGGAGGAACGUGCCACAUCGUUAAAAUUUUUUCUGCUAGGUUUUUGCCAGGACUUUAGUCAGAAUUAGGAGGAAAUUGUGUCUUACACUGGCAAGUCACAGUCUGUCUUGGUUGUACACCUAUUAAAGACAGCAUAACUAUUGAGGUAGACACCCACAUCCCCUGGGUAUGUAUAUUCUAGGAAUAUAACAAAAUAACAGUUGUCAAAAUGAGAUCUUUAAUUCUUUUUUUUUUUCUCCAUCCAAGAGACCUUGAAAACUGCUACAGCCAGCUUUAGGAAGCCUCUGUACCCUGAUUCACUAAUAAGCAGAUGACAGAGGCAGGUACUUAUUCCUGGAUCUACAGACCCUCCUCUCUUUCAGUAGGUUGAUUAACAGCCUAUGGAAGCAUUAAAAUCAAGGCUUUGGAACUCGCCUCCACCUUGUAGGACAGGGUCAGGAUCUAAGUCUCAUACCAUAAAUGCAUUUCUAGUUCCUCCGAGCAUCAUCAACUCAGGACGCUGUUUAUGGCAGAAUGCACUGUUAACACAAGGACUGCCCACACCCCCAGAGUGAAAGCACUCCCUCAUCUGAAGUCUUCACUUGGUCAUAUCUGUUCUCCUGAAGACCAAGAACACAAGAAUUUAUGUUUUAACUAGAUCACAGUAGUGUAUCAUCGAGACAAAUAUCCCAUCACCAAUUCAAAGCCUCCCUGUGGGGUAUGAAAUAAAGGACAAGCUGUCCUGAGGCCCGCUUGUGGAGCAUCUGAGUCUGACUUACAUUGUGCAUAGAGAGUAGGGUUUAUUGAGAUCCGUGUCGGAAGAAAGGCUGCCUCCCUCAUUUUGCCCUCUUUAACCCCAGGUCCAGAAAGCAAAUGGUAGUUUGUUAGAGACACGUUAAGUCUUUUAAAUUGUUGCCUUUUAUGCUGAACAGUCCUCGAAGUUAAAAGCAAGUUGAGACAAACCAGGCAGUUUCUAUUGACUUGUCAGAGUUCCCAUGAUUCUUAGCUUAAAGCGCCCCACCUUGGAACAUUUCACUGAAGACUUGGAAACAUGCGCCUGCAGGGACAUUUCACAUCCAAACUGUAACAAGUCUAUCAAGAAACCUAGAUAACCCCACAUCUCCCCAAUUUGAGCCCUUGAAGUGAGUUUUACUUGGCUUUUUGGUUUAUUAACUUGGAUGUAUCUUGGUGAAACAACCUGGAAUUUUAAGCCCUGAUUCCUUCCCUUUCAACCCACCUAUUAGCCACAUAGGCCCACUAGCCACUUUUAAUACUGAAAUUUUUAUUAAAAUAUAUCUGGCUUUGGAGGCCAUGAAUUAAAAGAAUAGAGGGAAAUACCUGAGGGGGUGGGAGGGAGGAAAGGGGACAAUGAUAUAACUACAUUUCAACCUUAACAAAAAAAAUUUCAAUCUGACUUUUGAAAAGAGAGAAUUAAUGAUACAUUUCGAGUAAACUGUCUACAGUGUUUGUGGCUUCAAACACUGAGUGGCCAUCACCCAUCAAUGGGGCAUUGCCCAGAUAGAUGCAGACGAGUGGGGGAACGCGGUGCCACCACAGACAAGAACAAAGCAGUUUUAAUUAUGCAGUAGUGAAAACUUUCUGUGUUGUGUUCAGUAAAAACCAAAGGCUCAGGAUGUAGAACCUGAAACCAAAGACAAAAAGACAAUGGUUGGGUUUAAAGGACAAACUGCCAGUGUUGGGGAAGGUGUAAAGAGAAGGGAAUUUUUGCUUUUUGCUUUAUACCUUUCUAUAAUAUCCAAAUUGUUUUUUGACUAUGAAUAUAAAUCAGAUUGUAAAAUUAAAAUGUCAACAUGGUAAAAGAAUAAAUGCACAGAGGGUAUAAGAAGGAAAAAUGGAUAUUUAUGUUUUCACAGUUCUGUAUUAAAAACCUAUGUCUAGAAUUUUGUCAUACGGAUUUAUUAUAUACUUUUUUUUAA